AUGGCGAGGAGUUUGAUAUUAGUUAUACAAGUGAUAUUUUUUAUUGCAAAGAAUACUGCUGGAUUUUCUCCAUAUGUGGAACCGUUUUUUUUCUUGUGUAAUUACCAUGGCAACACUAAUGACCUUAUAGCGGAGAAAGGUGAAGUAGCCAUACGAGUGUCGGUAGAGGGUAACCCGGAAUACUACACUCCCGGAGAUUUCUACAAUGUGUCCAUCACUUCAAACCAGAACUUUGAUGGCUUCCUCAUGACCGGAUUGUACACAAUGAGCAGUAGUGCUAGGACACGCCUGGAAAAUCUCGGUUACUAUGGUGAUGCUCUCUCCGCCCAAAACCUGAUGUGUUCCAUUGUCCACAGUCACAUUUCUCCGCGGCCAGGGCAUCGAUUGUCCUUCCUCUGGCUGGCUCCCGCGGCAGGAACUGGAUGUGUCAGCUUUCUAGCUACAGCCACACUUGGGCACCAGAUGCUAUUCAAGGACACCACUGUUCUUCAGCUGUGUGAACUUGGAGCUUCAAGAGAACCAGAGAGACCAGACACAAUCGGUAUCAACGCUGAUAACUACCUACUGAGGGAGAGUUUUGAUACAUCACCUGACUUUGAUGCUAAUGUUUGGGCAUCCCAUGAAGGGGCGUCCAUCAACAGUGACUGUGGAACUGUCCUUCACGGUGACUCGACUCUCUUCUGUAACACAGACGGAUCACGCAGCCUUAUGUCUGUUCCACUGAACUUGACGUCUGCUGCAGUUCUUCAGUUUACAAUCUCUGCCGGAACUUGUGGAGGCACCGUCUUUGAGGAAGAGGAUAUCAUUGUCGCUCUCGGAAUCAACCAUUGCAGUGAAUGGGUUGUCAUAGAUACCGUCAGUGCCCCAGAUGGACCUAAGCCUGAGACACAUCUUGUCCACAUUCCGGUGAAUGGUCAGCAGGACAAUGUGUGUGUCCGUUGGUCACAGGAGCCCCCAGCUAUCAACAAACUUUCAUUAUUACCUGACAAUCUGCCAUUACUAGAUUCUCCUCAGUCUGAUACACCAGCUGAUGACAAUGAUACCAACACAGGAAGUAAACCCCUAUUGAAGAAGUACCACAUCAGGGGUGACCUUAGUAACAUCAGGGGUGACCUUGGUAACAUCAGCCUGAUUGGAGAGGAGAGUACAGAGGAUUACACACCUAUAGGGGAGGAAUCACACACUGGUCCAUACAAGUCCUGCUGGGCCCUGGACAAUAUCCUGGUGGUCAACACAGCUAAUGCCCCUUUGGUCAUCUCCGACACCUUUGACCCCGUUGACCCCUCUAACUGGCUUUUCUUCCCUGGAGCUAAUAUCCAGCGUAAGUGUCGGUCAGAAGAGAACUCAAUGUACUUUAGUAUGGUGAACCAGACAGUAAACUAUGUCGUGACCAGGGAUAUGGACCUUAGUACAGAGGACAUGUCUGAUGUUGUACUGGAAGAAGUGUUUGAGCUGAAACAACAGCCAGGGUGGGACAUACAGGGUGGCUUGCCGGACGUAAACUGUGGCAUCAUUCACGAAGGAAAUUCGUUAGUGUUCAGCAGUAAUGGACGUAGAAAAGCAUGUACACCAUAUCUCGAUACUAGAGGAGUUGGCAACCUUCGAUUCUACUUCUCUAUGGGUAAGUAUCACCUUCGAUUUUACUUCUCUGGGCAAGUAUCACCUUUGAUUCUACUUCUCUAUGGUCAUUGUACAAGAAGUGGAAGUUGCCACAUGACAGAGUCAGAAGAUGUACAUGUCCUAUUGUAUGGGGAAAAUACUCAGGGUCACACAACAACACUUCAGAAGUUCUCCCCUAAUAAACAUCGGGAGUCCAGGUUGGUGUCCCUACCAGUGGAGGGUCAACUUAGACAGAAGGAGGUACGCUUCUGUUGGAUUCAAAAGUUCCACAAUGGUGGAGGCCAAGAUGUGUGGGCCCUGGACAGUGUCCGUGUGUUUCCUGUGACCCCUCAAGGAGCCGGCCCUAACAGAGACAAAAUCGUUCAGUUUGGUAUCAACAUGGGCUGUGCUAUUGACCCUAACUCUAACAGAGUAGACCUGCAGUACUCCACAGAUCUGGGACAGACAUGGCAUGACCUCCAGACACCGUGUUUACAUGGCCGUUGUCAAGGCAACUACCAACCUGUUGUCUCCUCCUUCUCCUCCAAUGACUACCCUAGCUGGAAGCAGGUUACUAUACCAGUACCUUACGUUGCCAUGGUUCCCCACGUGAGGUUCCGCUGGAUACAGACAUCAGAGGGUGCUGCACCAAACUGGGCCAUUGACAAUGUUUAUAUAGGUGAAUGUCCUGAAGGAUGCCAAGGCCAUGGAGUGUGUUGGGACGGCACCUGUAGGUGUGACUUUGGCUAUACUGGACCUACAUGUGAGGAGACUGUAGUGCCUAACCCUACAGAACUGAUGGAGAACUUCGCUGACCCAGCCGUACUCACCUCCUCCAACUCUUUAACAAUCAAGGGAGGACAACUCAGCUAUGUUUGUGGAGUACUGUCUUCAGAGAAAGCUUUAGUUUUCAAUCAAGCUGGUCCAAGGCAGAUUAGCACGUUUGAAUUCAACACCACACAUAACAGGUACCUUCAGUUCUAUAUUCGAGUUGGAAGCCAGUCUACAACAUCAAACUGUCCACCACCUGACCAGGAAUCCGAGUCUGUUCUCCUCGACUACAGCUGUAAUGGAGGCAUUUCCUGGUAUCUCCUCAAAGUCUUCCGUCCUUCAGACUUCAGCUCAUCAAAGUCAGACAUGGUCAUGUUACCAGAGGGAGCUCGGGGCAUGGGCUGUCGGUUUCGCUGGUGGCAGCCAGAACACUCGGGGCGUGGACGAGAUGUGUGGGCCAUAGACAGUCUAAGUCUCAAUAGUCACCUGUUUAACACCCUCACCAUGGAGAUGAGCGAUGCAGCCAAUGAUACAACUCCUCUUAUAUUAAACCUAGGCAAGAUCUCCGACGGUUACUGUGAUAAAUGGAGGUCUAUCAGUUUUUAUGAUCCUCAUGAAGAUGGUGGCCAGCGAUUUCUGAUGACCAGUUCGAUGCAUGUGGGUCCAUCGUACAUCAUCCAAUUUGACCUGGUCAUGGGAUGUCACCUUAUGUACAGUGACGACCUUGACAAUGACCUUUACCUCGAGUUUUCUGCGGACCAUGGCCUGAGUUGGGGGCUCGUCACUGCCCCCUGUCUGCCUCCUAAAGCUUGUGAUGUCUUCACAGAGGGGACGAUUUACAAAUCUUCUAAAUACACGGCCUGGACUCAAGUCACUGUGCCACUUCCUCCAGCCACCUGGGGCCCUGUGACCAAGUUCCGUCUACGCCAGCCGGAUUGGAGCUCGACAGAUUCCUGGGGAGUGUCCAGACUAUACAUUGGUCAGCAGUGUCCAUCCAUGUGUAGUGGACAUGGUCAGUGUAUGGAUGGAGUCUGUAGGUGUGAGGAAGGGUUUGAAGGAUUGGACUGUCACAACCAGCAAGCUUGGCAAUCCUUCAUGCAGGCUGACUUUGGGAUACGAUACGAACCAGAAGCUGACUUCUCAAGUAUCCUAGGAGGAGAGGUGAUCAACGGAAGGAAAGGCUGUGGAACUCUUCUGUCAGGGGAGUCCCUUUAUUUCUCAGGAAACGGAGUACGUGAGCUACAGACAAAGGACUUUGACACAAGAGAGAGUGAUUAUCUCCAGUUCUACCUGAGGAUUGGAGGUCACCUCCCAGAUUGUUCAGGGUCAGAGACGCGACAGGAAGGAGUUGUCCUCCAGUUCUCUACAGAUGGUGGCACCACCUGGGAACAGUUGAUGGAACUAGUACCAGACGAGUACAGGAAUCCCAAAUUUGUACACGCUGUUCUCCCACCCGAGGCCCGCUCUCCCAACACACAGUUCCGUUGGUGGCAGGGCUCUCACUCUGGUGGUGGACAGGACCAGUGGGCCAUCGAUGAAAUCAUGCUCGGCAGUUAUGAUCACAUGACAAAGAUGGAGGACAACUUUAAUGAUCAUCUGGAUGUGCUGGACUCCAAUGUGUGGUCGACUGUGACAGAAGGUGUGCUGGGUAAAUACUGCCAGGCUCGGGACCCUGCCCUCAUUCUCACCAAUCAGGAGAAUGAUAAAUUUGCCAUCACAAAGGACUUUGACCUGAAGACUGGAGACGUUGUUCAGUUCAGGAUCAAUGUCGGUUGUAGUAAUCUGUUCCGCCUCGACCACCCAGUCCUGUUACAGUAUAGCCAUGAUGGUGGCCAGACAUGGCGCCUUCUGUCGGAGCCAUGUUACCAGGAGAUGGACUGUAGUGAACACACAGAGGGAACCAUAUAUUACUCUGGUCCCCAUGGUUACUGGCAGACAGUUGUCAUACCCAUCUCACAGGCAGUCGCAAUGCACCCUGUCCUCUUCCGCUGGUGGCAGCCUGGAGGGUAUGCCCACAGUUUUGCCCUGAAUGAUGUGUACAUUGGGCCUCCUUGUCCUGAGAACUGUCACAGAGAGGGUCUAUGUACUAACGGUACAACAUGUAGCUGUAACGAAGGAUACCUAGAACCAGACUGCCAAUCCCCCGGUGAGACUCCUCAUGGCCUACUGGACUGGUUUGACAACCAUCACAAACCUCGAAACAUCUGGAGGAGGAUUAUGGGUGGAAAGCUUGGCCUUGGCUGUGGGGUGGUUGAUUAUGGAAAUGCUUUGUUCUUCAAUGAUAAGGGUACAAGGGAGGCUGUGACAGCACCUCUUAACACUACCUUUCUCAGGAUGUUGCAGUUCGCUAUUCGUAUUGGAAGUGAUGGAAGUUCCCCCGAGUGCCACCAACCCAACAGCCGUAAUGAGGGUGUGGUGGUGGCUUACUCAACCGAUAAUGAGGUCACGUGGCAUACCCUGAAGGUCGUUGAACCUCGUAUCUACAAUGGCAGCACAGAAAAACUCACCAUCUCUCUGCCACCAGAGGCAAAAACAGAUGCUACCAUCUUUAAAUGGUGGCAGCCAUUGGGCUAUGGAGGUUUACCUCGUGCAGAAUGGGGCCUGGAUAGUGUCAUUGUGGGUGUGAAUGAGACCAAUUCUGAUGGUUUCCAUGAUGACUUCCACUCCAUGACCCCUGACCCCCAGAAAUGGAUGCUGACAGAAAGUGCUAUCCCUAGGAUAACAUGUUACUCUCAGGGAAAUGCCCUGGAAUUCAGUCGGGAUAAAGGACUGAGGUUUGCCGUUACUCAUGAUUUUCGUGUGACUCCGUCCAUGUUUCUACAGUUUGACAUUGCUAUGGCGUGUGACUCUCUCUAUGGGACAAUCUAUGGCACUCUGUACAGUGUGGAACUCGAGUACUCCGUGGACAUGGGUCAGACCUGGCGACCUGUCGUGGAGGAGUGUACUCCCCCUAACUUUGAGUGUUCAGGUUACCACUUGUCCAGCAAGUAUGUUUCUGACCAGCAUCGUAACUGGACGAGAGUAUCAGUAUAUCUACCACCGGCCGCUGUGUCCCCAGCUACAAGAUUCCGAUGGAUGCAGCAUACAUCAUCCCAACGUGGAAACGUAUGGGCCCUGGAUAACGUGUACCUCGGAGAUGGUUGUCCGUGGCUGUGUUCUGGUCAGGGCUACUGCAGGAACAAAACUUGUGUAUGUGACCCAGGAUUUUCUGGCCCUUAUUGCGUACCAAGCAAGCCCCUACCCAUGAUGCUGAGGGAUGACUUCAACAGUCGUGACGUGAACUCUGACAACUGGAGAGAGAUAUAUGGAGGAGAAAACUCUGACAUUUGUGGAAAACUUGUCAGUGGACGUUCACUCACGUUUAAUAAGGGAAACUUGAGGAUGGUGGUGAGUCGUGAUAUAGACACCAGUAUGUUGGAUACAAUGGAGUUCUUCUUCAAGUUUGGCUGUAAUGGAGAGGUUCUGGAUUGGCCGAGGUCGGAGAGUGUCCUUCUACAGUACAGUAUCAAUGGAGGUAUCACAUGGAACCUUCUCAAAGAAAUCCACUACCACAGUCACGAAGGAGCCAGAUACUUCGGCCUUGACCUUCCUUUCAAGGCCAGAAAUAAUGCUACUCGCAUCAGAUUCUGGCAGCCGAAAAAUGGAGGUGAGAUGAGAUCAACUUGGGCUGUAGAUAACCUAUUUAUCGGCCGGAUGGUGAUGAACCCGAGCAUGUUGGUAGACAGUUUUGACUCACAGCCUCUUUCUGAUGUUUGGCUUUUUGUCAAUGAUGGAGAGGUUGGUAGUUACUGUCAGCACAAAACCAGGAGUGACACUAUAUCUGCGGGACAGUCAGGUUUGGUGUUUAGACGAGGCCCUGAUUCUGGUGAACACUACGUAGUAACCAGGGACAUGGAUGUGGGACCGAUGUCUGUCCUACAGUUUGAUAUAAAUGUUGGCUGUGAGUCAGAACCUACAGACAGAUACCCUGUCCGACUGGAGUACUCGCCUAAUGGAGGAAAAACUUGGCAUUUACUGGUGCCCAACUGUGCUGAAGUGUCGUCUGCUCGUUGUUUUGAUGUCACACUACACCCGUCUGUCUACUACGGAGGGACUUCCAGCUAUUGGCGCCGUGUCCUCAUCACUCUUGAUUCUCUCCACACAUGUGGGUCUCUAAGAUUCCGAUGGUACCAGGGAUUCAUUCCAGACGAAGACUUCGGCCCUGAGUGGGCCAUCGACAAUGUGUUCAUUGGAAUGGCCUGUAUGGACCAUUGUUUAGGACAUGGCCAGUGUUCUAACACCAUGAUGUGUACAUGUGAUCCUGGUUACCAAGGUGACAGCUGCCAUCCAGCCAACCAUCUCCCUGAUUACCUGCGAGAUGAUUUUUCCAAAACAGAUUUUGUAUUUACGCGGAGUGGAGGUGUUAAUAUACCACAUGAUCAGCCAGUAGAUGAAACUAAGUGGUGGCUUUCCAGUGGUGGCCACAUAAGUGAUGAAUGUGGCAUUCUGCUUAGUGGCAGCAGUCUCCAUUUCAAUGCUGCUGGAGAGAGGGUGCUGGUUAGUAGGGACCUUGACCUCAGUAAUGUCAGUACGGUACAGUUUUUCCUGCGCCUGGGGUGUGAGACGACACCUCUGACAGACAACAGUAUGCCUGUGUACCUCCAGUCCAGUAUCAAUGGCGGUGUAUCCUGGCAGUCAAUUGAACAGUUUGAUUUUAACCAACACAGCAACAGGCCGAAAUACUAUGCACUUCAUCUGCCAGAGAAGGCUCGUACCAACUCCACACACCUCCGGUGGUGGCAGCCAUCACUGGAUGGGAGCUUUACCCAAGACUGGGCCAUUGACCAGAUAUACAUUGGAGGAGAUGUUCAGGGGAUGCAGCCCUUGUUGGAUGACCCCAUGACCCCACUGGAGACAAGUUGGCUCAUGUACCCUGGAGGGGUAAUAGAACAUGUAUGUGGAUCUCUGGCAGAGUCCAUUCACUUCCAGGGUGAGGGACCGAUGAGAUAUGCCACAUCUGCCGAUGUGAUGGUAGAGGAGGGAACGUUUGUACAGUUUGAUAUCGCCAUGGGAUGUUCACCAUCGCAGGACUGUUACAGUGUUAGGAUACAGUACUCACAUGACAUGGGUAACAGUUGGAAGCUCCUUCAGGCACCUUGUCUUCCAUCGGAUAUGGACUGUGGACGAUUUUAUCCUGGGAGUUCCCUGGUGUCGGAUACCCACACAGGCUGGAACAGGGUCACUAUUCCCAUGCCUCACUAUACAAGGUCUAAGUCCACCCGACUGAUGUGGAUACAGGAUGGCUGGACAUUAGACAAACAGCCGUGGGCUGUGUCUUACCUGUAUAUUGGCAAGGACUGCCCCUCAUUGUGUGGAGGUCAUGGUCGCUGUUCUAACUCGGGCUGUUUGUGUGAUUCAGGUUGGUCAGGUGUCAAUUGUGGUCAGCCAAUCAAAGCGCUUCCUACUCAUCUGUAUGAUACAUUCUCCAAUGGAAUCGAUGAUACCCUGUGGUCAAAGGUUGUGGGGGCAAAGGUCACUGAGGCUUGUGAAGUUCUGGCUUCCGGUAACACCUUGCAUUUCAUGGAGGGUUGCAGUCGAUUGCUGAUUAGCCAUGACCUUGACCUUUCCAACGCCACAAUGAUCCAGUUCUACUUUAUGUUUGGAUGCAAUGCUGCCCCAGUCACUCGUAACCAGGGUGUGCUCGUCGACUACUCCACUGAUGGUGGCUCCACCUGGACAUCGGUCAUUGAACUAUACUAUGCCCUGUACAAAUCACCAAGGUUUGUCCAUGCAGAUUUACCUGAGGGCGCAAGACAGAGAGCUGUAAGGAUACGAUGGUGGCAGCCCACACACGGAGGCAAACCUGUUGGAGACUGGGUUCUGGACAAUGUCAGGAUCGGGGGACAAAAAGUAAAUCCCAGCAGCAUGGUUGGUGAGUUCUCUGAUGAGCUGAAUGACAGUGAUUGGCUAGCCUCUGACAACAUGGUUGCUGAUAAUUACUGUGGGGAGACUAAUGUUGCCAAGGGAACCACCCCCGUGGAUGAAAACUCUGUGUUAACAACUCAGGAUAUCAAUAUUGAUGAAGACUACAUGUUACAGUUUGAGAUAAACGUGGGCUGUGGCCAGGAGUGGAAUGUCAGUGGUCCUCCUGUCCACCUACAGUACUCAUCUGACAAUGGAUUACAUUGGCACCACCUUAAACAUCAGUGUCUACCUGACGAUCCGCAGUGUAAUGGGGGACCACAGAUGCCCACCAUCUUCUUCAGUGAACCAAUGGGAAUGUGGCGCCGGGUCACUGUAAAGCUUGAAGGUCUACCAGUAUCAAGUGGUACUCGCUUGCGAUGGAUCCAGAAGGCAGAUGGACAGGAGGGCAAUGCCCACCUGUGGGGAGUGAGACAGCUGUACGUAGGUCCUCCCUGUGAACAGCACUGUAGUGGGCGAGGCACCUGUCACUUCCCACAAUGCUCCUGUGAUUCCGGAUAUGGAAAUACAGACUGUAGCUCGCUGUUUUCUGUGAAUCCUACAUACUUAAAGGAUAACUUUGAAGGAUCAGAUGUAGACAAGACCAAGUGGUCAUUAGUCCAGGGUGGUCAUGUGGGUAGAGGAUGCCACGAUCUAGUGGAAGACUCGGCCAUGGUCAUGUCUGGUCCUGGUAACCGACAAAUUGUCACAGGUGACCUUGACCUUCGUAAUGCCAGGUUUAUACAAUACUACGCUGUGAUUGGUGGGGCCAGCACGGAACCAGGAUGUUAUCCUCCGACAUCCUCGCGACACAGUGUCAUAUUACAAUACUCUGUCGACAAUGGUAUUCACUGGGAGAGCCUCCAUGUCCUGGAUUAUGCCAGUUACCAGGAAGUAAAGAAGGACUACAUUCUCCUUCCUCAAGGAGCCAGGACUGAGAGUACCAAGGUACGCUGGUGGCAGCCAUUGUCAGAGGGAUACUCACCGAAUGGCCCUCAGUGGGAUAUUGACGAAGUAUAUAUUGGUGGAACUGAGAUCAACCCCAGCGAGAUGCAUGUUUCUUUUGAUGACACAGAAGGUGUGGAUAUUCAGAGUGAUGCACCCUGGGAAUUUACUCCUCACGGGGAAAUUCGUGAGCAUGUGUGUACCACUGAUGGUCAUGCGAUAGCCUGGGAUGAAGGAAAAGGCACACGAAGCAUCACCUCUGGUCAAAUGAUUGUACAGCACAACUACAUGUUACAGUUCAAGAUAGUAGUAGGCUGUAAUGGUCAGCCGGACUCCUGUGCCUCUAACUCACCGGUCAAACUGUUAUAUAACAAGAAUCCAGCCACUGACCGCUGGGAUUAUGUCCAGCCCUUGUGUCUACCUGAUCUGAAUGGUAUGCAGACUGAUUGUCGUCCGAGUCACUAUCACUCUGCCAGUGAAUAUUCACCACAAGGUUACCCCACCUGGACCUGGGUCACCAUUGAUCUCCCUGACACAGUCUACUCAAGUGUGACAAGAUUCCGAUGGCUACAGGAAGCAACAAAUUCAUCAGCCUCAUCCUGGGCUCUGGAUGAUGUUUAUGUCGGGGAAAAAUGUCCGGGCAUGUGUAGUGGAAGGGGGGCAUGUCUGUUUGGCGCCUGUGUCUGUCAGGAAGGUUACACAGGAUUAUCCUGUGAGAAAAUCGCCAGACAUCUCCUCCGGACGAUGUUGGAUUCAUUUGAGGGAGGGGUGGCCAGACAUUACUGGUCUACCAUCACUGGAGGGGGUAUAGGGUUUGGGUGUGGUGCUCUGUUGCCCUAUGCCCAUGGGAAAACACUAUACUUCAAUGACUGUGGCUUACGACAGAUGAUUACCUCGGAAAUGGAUCUCCGCAGUGCAAGCAAAAUAAUGUUUGUGCUACAGAUAGGAUGUCGAGCACAAACAUCCACAUGUAAUGUACGAACCGGUGCCGGUGUUAAAUACAGAGGAGUGUUACUACAGUACACCAGAGAUAAGGGAACACACUGGAAACUUUUGGCUAGACAUGACCCAGAAGAUUAUCUUAAUCCAAAAAUGGCAGCAUAUAAUCUACCCAGGGAUGCACAGGUCAAUGGAGUGCAGUUCCGAUGGUGGCAACCAGUACAUGAUGGAGAGGGGCAUGACCAGUGGGCGAUUGAUGACGUACAAAUCAUUAGAAAUCAUAAUUCUUUUUCAAGAUUCAGACGAAGUAAAUGGAGAGGAGAAUGAAAAAGACGUUUUGUUUGUUCCUACCUAAAAUACAAAGUGGAAGACAUUUGGCCAGCAAAGGGAUUUAGAUGGUAGUAAUCUCCAUAAUAAAACUGUACACACCCUCGAGUGUACUGCUAUGUAAAGUGAUUUUGUGGCAUGAGAGUAAAUGCUAUCCUUGUGUUCUGAGGGAAGUUUACCCCCAUCAAUGUACCAUGACAACAUUUGGUAUAGCCAAACUCUAAAUAUUUCAAACAACCACCCGUGUAACACAUUUUCUUUGCAGUCAUACUAUACAUUACCUACAUGUAUAUUUACCAAGGCCUAUCACCAUCACUGGGUAGAUCUCACACACCACCCUACACUAGACCUUACACACUACACUGCCAAGAUUCCAAUGUUUUAAAUAAGAAUCACACUUGACAAAGCUAAAUGCUUCCUUAACCUGUUGUAGCACCGCCAAUCACCAAAUGUGGUACAUAUGUCAUGUCAUAAUAUCUCCCAUCACCCUAUAUACCACCUGUCAUAAUAUCUCCCGUCACCAUAUAUACCACCUGUCAUAAUAUCUCUUGUCACCAUAUAUACCACCUGUCAUAAUAUCUCCCAUCACCAUAUAUACCACCUGUCAUAAUAUCUCCCGUCACCAUAUAUACCACCUAUCAUAAUAUCUCCCAUCACCAUAUAUACCACCUGUCAUAAUAUCUCCCAUCACCAUAUAUACCACCUGUCAUAAUAUCUCCCAUCACCAUAUAUACCACCUGUCAUAAUAUCUCUUGUCACCAUAUAUACCACCUGUCAUGUCUCUGGUCACCAUAUAUACCACCUGUCAUAUCUCUCGUCACCAUAUAUUCCACCUGUCAUAAUGUCUCCCAGCACCAUAUAUACCACCUAGCUGUCAUAAUAUCUCUCGUCACCAUAUAUACCACCUGUCAUAAUAUCUCCCAUCACCCUAUAUACCACCUGUCAUAAUAUCUCUGAUCACCAUAUAUACCACCUGUCAUAAUAUCUCCCAUCACCAUGUAUACCACCUGUCAUAAUAUCUCCCAUCACCCUAUAUACCACCUGUCAUAAUAUCUCCCAUCACCCUAUAUACCACCUGUUAUAAUAUCUCCCAUCACCAUGUAUACCACCUGUCAUAAUAUCUCUGGUCACCAUAUAUAUCACCUGUCAUAAUAUCUCUCGUCACCAUAUAUACUACCUGUCAUAAUAUCUUCCAUCACCAUAUAUACCACCUGUCAUAGUAUCUCCCAUCACCCUAUAUACCACCUGUCAUAAUGUCUCCCAUCACCAUAUAUACCACCUGUCAUAGUAUCUCCCAUCACCCUAUAUACCACCUGUCAUAAUAUCUCCCAUCACCAUAUAUACCACCUGUUAUAAUAUCUCCCAUCACCCUAUAGACCACCUGUCAUAAUAUCUCUCGUCACCAUAUAUACCACCUGUCAUAAUAUCUCUCGUCACCAUAUAUACCACCUGUUAUAAUAUCUCCCAUCACCAUAUAUACCACCUGUCAUAAUAUCUCUCGUCACCAUAUAUACCACCUGUCAUAAUAUCUCUCGUCACCAUAUAUACCACCUGUCAUAAUAUCUCCCAUCACCAUAUAUACCACCUGUCAUAAUAUCUUUGUUAUCCUAUAUACAAUAAAUGUACCACCUGCAAUAACAUUUUCCAUCACAUAAUUUGUCACCCAUCAUUACAUCUUCCAUAUGUACAGUUAUAUGUACACAUUUGGCACCUGUCACUAAGUCUUUUGUCCCCUCAUCUAUCACAUAUCAUAACAUCAAAUAUCACUUAGUUUGGCAUCCGUUAGAAUGUCUUCUGUCAUCUCAUGUGGCACCCCGCCCGUCAUAAUGGCUCCUAUCAUCUCAUGUAUCAACUAUCAUAACAUCAAAUUCCACCUCAUGUGGCACUCAUCGUAACGUCUCAUGUCCCCACAUGUGGCACCAAUUACUACAUAUAUAACUGUCAUAAUUGAUUCCCAUCAUGCCUCACUGUUACCUUUACAACAUGGGGCACCUGUCAUGACAUACCUUUCACCCCUUAUUCCCUUCCCAAUCAUAUCAUUAUUUGUAUGAACCCAUGUGCUUCUGUUCUCUUAAGCAUUCACAGAAUAACACCUCAAGCACCAUCCACACGAAGCAUACUUUAAUUAUCAUAGAAAUAACAAAUAUAUGUUUCAGCACAGCCCUUAGAACAUGAAGCAAAUACACUAUGGAAGACAAGGGGGCUAUAUACUUUACCAUUAGAUGAAAGCAACUAAUGAUUGACUAAUGGCAAAAAAGUGAUUCACUUUUGCAUGCGAGAGUGAAAGGUGUUUCGUUAGUUAAACUAUUUAUGGUGUUACACUAGUUAUAAUUGAUGUACCCGGUGAUAUAUGUAAUAGAUACUGACGUUAGAUACAACACCAUGUAGUAAACCAUUGUAAUAAUAAAAGUAAAUUAGUAAUAUUUGAUGUACCCGGCUAUACUCACGUUUGAUACAACACAAUUUAGAAAACCAUUAUAAUAUCUGAUGUACCUGGCUAUACUGACGUUUGAUAACACAGAAUAUAGUAUACUGUUGUUGUGUAUGAUGUACAAAAGAAUUAACCUGAACCACUCUUUUUUCAGUAUUGAUGUAAUACAUUAUGUUGAUAUAUGUUGGAAUCAUGUUGCAAUAUAAUUCAACAUUGCUGCCUCUGUCGGAGGUUAUUUGUUCUAACAUGUCAUACUCUUAUACAGCUAACAAUACAACUAUAUAUGGUGUCCCAAGUCAAUAUUAGCUGGGUGUUUAUAUAUCUUAACUGUUUUAAUCAAAUUAUCUUAUGAUGUACAUGCGAUAUUUUCAUGAAUAUGUGUAUUUACAUGUGACAAUGAAAUAAAACUUGAAUUUGGCUAACCAUA